AUGGCCAAGGCGACUGCGGAUACCAGCAAUGUGCAGUACGACUUUACUGGCGUCACACUAUUUGAUGUGGUUCCAAAGCGCGACAAGCCGUGGUGGAGAGACGGCCGGCUUUUGAAACUCAAUACUUUGCUACUAUGUGCACUCCUCACACAAACUGCGCAAGGUUUCGAUGCAAGCAUGAUCAACGGUAUGCAGGCUUUGCCGAAAUGGAUUGAGAUUUUCGGCUCGCCCACGGGAAAUAGAUUGGGUGCCAUGACGUUUGGCCCGACUGGAGGAGUGUUGAUCUCUAUCCUGAUCUCGUCACAACUGUGUGACUGGCUCGGUCGACGAUAUCCCAUUUGUGGAGGAUCGAUCAUCAUCAUUAUUGGCUCCGUGAUUCAGGCUGCGUCUAUGAACUAUGGCAUGUUUGUCUUCUCUCGCUUCCUUGUCGGCUUCGGCUUGGGCAUAGUUUCGGUAGCGGCACCCCCACUGCUAUCCGAAGUGGCAUACCCAACCCACCGAAGCAAGCUGGUAUCUUUUUACCUGGUUUCUUGGCCAUUGGGAUCUCUCUUGGCAGCAUGGAUCACCUAUGGUACCUUCCAAAUGACAAACUCGUCGUGGAGCUGGAGAUUGCCCAGUCUCUUGCAGUGUUCCUUCUCCAUCGUGCAGGCAAUCCUGAGUUUGUUUGCACCCGAGUCUCCACGAUGGUUGAUCUACAAGGGCCGCAGCCAAGAAGCUCUCGAUAUCUUCAUCCGGUAUCAUGGAGACGGUGAUCCGAAUUCCCGCUUGGCGCACUUCGAAAUGGCGGAGGUCACCGCGACACUACAGAUGGAAAAAAUCCAGAAGCAAUCAAGAUGGGGAGAAUGGAUUGCGACUAAAGGCAACCGCCAUCGUCUUUUCUUGGCUCUCUAUAUCCCUGCUAUGCUGCAGUGGUCAGGCAAUGCUUUGACCUCCUACUAUUUGACACUAGUUCUCAAGACAAUCGGUAUCACCAACCACAAGACACAGCUCAUUAUCAACGGCUGUCUAUCGAUCUGGAGUCUCCUGACUGCUAGUUUCUUUGCUCUCUUUGUCGAUAAAGCCGGUCGCCGCGGUCUUUAUCUGAUUGGAAUGAGUGGUAUGGGAGUCGCCUACGUGAUCUGGACCAUCUGUUCUGCGAUCAAUCAGCAGAAGGACUUCAAAGACCAGGGUUAUGCUGGCGGUGUCUUGGCUAUGAUCUUUGUCUUCUCAGCCUUCUACCAUGCGUGUUCUCCUGUUUCCCCUACAUAUAUCAUGGAGAUCACCCCUUAUAGUCUACGCUCCAAAGCAUCGAUGCUUUAUCAGCUGACUGGAAAUCUUGCCGGCAUUUACAACUCAUUCGCAAACCCAGUGGCCAUGGAUGCGAUCGGAUGGCGCUACUAUAUUGUAUGGGUUGUUGUGAUCUUUUUCAAUCUCACGAUGAUCUUCUUCUUCUUCCCCGAAACCAAAAAUCGCGGCUUGGAAGAAGUGGCUGAGAUCUUCGACGGUCCAAAUGCUGCAUCCGGAGCAAACGCCAUGAAACAACUGGGACUUGAUGUGAAUGCACAAAAUGCAGUUGAAAUGGGUCGGGAUUCAAAGCUUGCCGUGGAACAAGUUGAGCGGGUUUAA